AGCCAUAUUAUUCAAUGAGUGUGUGUGUGCGCGAGCGUAUAAAUGAAAAAUUAGAUAAAAAAUAAAAUGAAAUUAGCUCACGCCUGAAUUUCGAGUUUGGCACAAGGUGAACCGAACCAAACCGAACCGAACUGUGGAUGUAUAUAAAAAAAUAAUAUAUAAAUAAAAAAUAAUGCUGGUGGCUAAAGACGAAAACAAUUUAUAAUUUUCUCUCUCUUUCUCUGCGUUUGUUGUUGUUGUUGUUGUGCGUGUGCGAACCUGAAAGUGCGGCCACCUGCGAUUGCAAUUGUAAAUGCAUUGAUUUACGCACACAUAUAUCGUCGAGGAUAUACAUACAUAUAUAUAUAUUUAUACAUACAGUGGUAUAUAAAUGCACACACUUGCACAUAUGCUGGCUGACUGACUGAUAAAAGCCUCAUACCCACCACAUACACAAAUCCAAACACACACGCAUACAGUGACGCCUCGUACACAGAGCUUUUGACCAAGAGGCAGGUGACGUUAGAAGAGUUCGAUUGACUGGAUUCGUCGGGUCGUCGCAAUUGCUGCAGUUGCUUUUGCACUGGCACCUGAAGUGGAGGCAGACCCAUCUGGUAGUUAGUGGCAAGCAAGCAAGUCCAAUGUCAAAUAAAAUCAAUCCAAAACGCCGUGAACCGACAGCAGCAGCAGCAGUAGCAGCAGCCACGGCAGUGGUGGCCACCAAUACGAGCAGCUCGACCGGCUCCAGUGCUGGGAAUACAUCAUCAGCGAAUACAUCGUCCUCAUCCAGCUCUUCACUGUCGUCCGCCGGUGGCGGUGAUGCGGGCAUGUCUGCCGAUCUGACAUCGCUGUUCGAGUGUCCCGUUUGCUUUGACUAUGUGCUGCCACCGAUAUUGCAAUGCUCGAGCGGGCAUUUGGUCUGCGUAUCGUGCCGAUCGAAGCUCACAUGCUGCCCCACAUGCCGUGGCCCGUUGGCCAACAUACGCAAUCUGGCCAUGGAAAAGGUCGCCACCAAUGUGAAAUUUCCGUGCAAACAUUCGGGCUACGGCUGCACUGCCUCACUCGUAUACACAGAGAAGACCGAGCACGAGGAGACCUGCGAAUGCCGGCCAUACCUAUGCCCCUGUCCGGGCGCCUCAUGCAAAUGGCAGGGACCGCUCGAUCUAGUCAUGCAGCACCUGAUGAUGUCACACAAGAGCAUUACCACGCUGCAGGGCGAAGAUAUUGUCUUUCUGGCCACCGAUAUCAAUCUGCCCGGUGCCGUCGACUGGGUGAUGAUGCAGUCCUGCUUCGGCCAUCAUUUCAUGCUCGUGCUGGAGAAGCAAGAGAAAUAUGAUGGACAUCAACAGUUCUUUGCCAUUGUCCAAUUAAUUGGGUCGCGCAAGGAGGCCGAGAACUUUGUCUAUCGACUGGAAUUAAAUGGCAAUCGACGCCGCCUCACCUGGGAGGCAAUGCCGCGUUCCAUACACGAAGGUGUUGCCUCUGCUAUACACAAUUCGGAUUGUCUGGUGUUUGAUACAUCGAUUGCGCAACUGUUUGCCGACAAUGGGAAUCUGGGCAUCAAUGUAACCAUAUCUCUCGUCUAAGGAUUGCGCCGUCUCUGGGGGAGCUAGAGUAACUAGUAUGAUGAUGAAUAUGGAAUAUGGAAUAUGAAUCGUUUCUAAAACGAUUAUUAUGAUACAGCCGUUUACAUCAUGUCAUGUAUGUGCGUAUGUAUGUAUGUAGUAGGGUCGGUUAGGUCAGGUCUGUCUGUCUCUGUGUCAGUCUCCAAAUUGCUAGAUUCUAGGAUAUUCAUUUUUUUCCAAAACGAAGAGAAAGAGAAAGAAACGAAACAAAAAACACACAGACACACACAUAUUUACAUAUAUACCUAUAUUCAAGAUCGAUUUAAUAAGAAUUUUUGUGGGUUUUUUCUUAGUUUAAUUUUAGUUUGUAAGGCGUACGAACACACAAGCAGCUACAACAUAACGUACAUCCAUACAUCAAGCAUACAUUUCAUAGUACACACACACACACAUUUACACUAUGCAGCCUAAGUUUAGUUAAUGUAAAUUAUUUUAUACAAAAAUAAAAACAAAAAGAGAAAUACUUGUAAAUGCUAUAAAAGUAAACAUCACUUUUAACGAAAUGAACAAGAAUACAAGAAAAUAAAGAGCAUAUAUAUAUAGAAAUAUAUAUGUACAUAUAUACAUAUAAAUAAUAAUAAUAAUAUAAUUAUGUAAUAACUCGAGAGUUGUAAGCGAUUGCGACAAUUUUUGUUCAUGCCAAAACGAAACGUAACACACACACAACAAUUUCUUUUUUAACUAAACAAUAACAAUCACAGUGUGCCCCCUCUAACUACAACAAAAAGACAGUUGAAAGAGAAAAGCAAUGUAAUAUGUUUAAAUUUGAUAUAAUUUAGAUCGAUCUCCCGUACAAGUUGAUUUUUGUUUUUGUUGUCUCGCAAAUGCAAUUGGAAAUUGUUAAUGAACUGAUUUUUACCUUAACUCUUACCGUUUCAUCAUGCAACUGCAAUGUAUUUAGUUUUAAUAACAAAGUGAAACACACACACAC